AUGAAAGAUGAAAUUGCUGCCACAGUCUUCUUCAUCACGAGGCUAGUGAAAAGGGAAGACAAGCUGAGCAAGCAUAAAAUGGAGAAAUUUGCAGCUAAAUUGACGACAAUACUGUUUGAAAAGUAUAAGAAUCACUGGUACUUGGACAAUCCAUCCAGAGGACAAGCCUUCAGGUGUAUACGGAUAAACAAACAUCAGAGCAGAGAUCCAUUGCUGGAGCAAGCUUGUGUGGAGAGUAAUGUGGACUUUAAUAAGCUUGGUCUGCCAAAAGAGAUGACACUAUGGGUUGAUCCAUUUGAGGUGUGUUGCAGGUAUGGUGAGAAGAACCGUCCCUUCACAAUUGCGCACUUUGAAGGAGAGGAGAACCCAGAGCUUCCUCAGCAGAUCAGUUAUGCUGUUGACAGAGCAGCACUAGACUACCAUUCUGGCAUUUCUUCAGAUGAGGAGAGCUUCAACAAGGAGCCGAAAGCUAUCCCUACUGUCAGCAAUCCUAAGAGUGUCUACCAGUUCAGUGACUACUGCAAGGCAUCCAUACAGCCCUGGUCUCAGUAUCUUCAUAGGAAGACCUAUAUGACUGAUGGCUCAUACUAUGCCCAGCACAGGGGUUACAAAGUCUACAGGCCAACAGCUGCUUUCACAGGACCGCGUGUUGAUAGAUACCACUGGAUCAAUACCAAGCGGUAG